GUCGGUGACGGCGCGCGGGCACCAGCGGCGGUGGGAGAGGGGCAGUCCUCACGGAGACGGACGGAGGCGGACGGCGGAGGCACCGGUGACUGCUGCACGGACAGGUGUCAGGCUGCGCUGCGUACCGUCACAGAUAGAGUCUCGAGAAAUCGAGUCGAAAUUAGACCGGCGAAUAGCCGCACAAGCAAGCGGAAAACAACACACUGUCGAGCCGCGAUGGUGCCGUUCUUACCGCUCCUGCUGGCGGUGAUGGUGGGGCAGAGCGGUGCGCAGAGACCUCCCCCCAACUACAGUCCGGACGCUCUGCCCGAGACCAGCUUCUCGUGCCGCGGACGCCAGCCCGGCGGGUACUAUGCUGACGUCGAGGCGGGCUGUCAGAUGUUCCACGUGUGUGGCUCGGGACAGGGCCCCAGUUUCCGCUUCCUGUGCCCCAACGAUACGGUGUUCGACCAGCAAAACCUGAUCUGCGCCAACUGGUUCGAGGUUGUCUGCGAGCUCGACUCAGUUCUACACGCACGCAACUUCGAGAUCUUCAAGACCCACUCCAACAAGGAGACCGCCUUCAACGUCCUGCAUGAGGACGAUCUUCCUGAGCUGGACGACUACGAAUACGACACCGGCUUCAGCGCCGGCCAGAGCUCACUCCCCGCUGCUCCCCGGUUCUCAUCCCAGCGGGCCACCACGACCGCUCGUCCUGUGAACCGGUUCGAUCAGUUCGUCGCUGCCAGCACCGCCCGGCCUGUGAUCGUCACCGCUCCGAACGCUGCGCGAUGGAGGGGCAGCACCGUCACAGGGACGAUCACAGAACCACCCAGACUCCCGCCGAGGGAGAACGCGCUGGACAGGGGUGCUGACAAAGGGUCGUCUGCUGACCAGUCUGUGGUGGAGAGGGAACGUCCGAGCUUCUCAGUAACUGAGUCUGAAGAGAGAUCGCAGCAAGAGUUUGAGUUGGUAGCGGGUCGUCCGCGCCAGGAUCAAGGAAGCUUUGAUAGUAACGCCAUCCAAUCCUUCGACAGUACCGCACGGACUUUCGAAAGUCAGUCAAUCCAAAAGACAUCAGAUCGCGUUCCUCCAACUUCUGCACCAGCUGAGAGUCAGACCUUCGAGAUUAACUCAGGUCGCCUGAACUCACUCUCCUCCUUUGAGGGAAACCAAAAAGCCGCAGAGCGCCCCAAAAAUACCCUUUCUUCACAGCGAAACUCCGGUCGAACGACGCUCACGGCGGCGAUUACCGUCGGAGACGUCGGCAGCAUCCAAUCUCCUGUGAAAGCUGCUCCGACAGCGGCCGCUCUUGUCUCUAAUGUUGCCACCAGUCGUCAAGAUCAGAGGUCCAAUUCAUUCGGGGGCAGUAUAGCCGAAGAAAAGGGUGAAACGUCGAAGCUCUCUCGUACCUCAUCCUUUGCUAGAGGCCAGUCUCGUUUCGCGUCACGAACACAGUCCCGUUUUACGACCACUCAGCCAUCGGUUUGGAGAGGACUUAACGACAUCGAUGACAACGAGCUUUCCUCUGACCGCCCCUCGAAGGAUUCCCAGCGUGGUUUCGGUCGCUUGGCACCCACUAGCACGCCAUCCGGCUCAGUUGGGUUCACAUUUUCGUCUCCUGUUGAGCCACGGCCGCUCGAGCCUACGACUACGGAGCUGGCUCUUUCUCUCAGUCCGGUAGUUCGCAGUUUCUUCGGACCAAGUGUGCUGCCUGAGGCUGCUGCACGCAGUGCUCAGAGCUUUGGUGUCAGCAGUGGUGAGGUGAGACAGAAUGCGGUGGUUACAUCUGGUAGUCGCACCGAAACUCCAGAGGAGGACGAUGUGGCCGUGACGACGUUCAGACCAAGGACGACAAAAACGCCUUCUCCCCCUUCGAUUGCAACCACGACUGUCAGUGAAGUGGUGACCACUGAAACUUCUACUGAUGACGGCAUUGAGAUCAUCACCGAAUCCACAACACCAGACACAUCACCAGAGAACCUCAGCACCACCAUUCCCACUGUUCGAAGGAGAGGAUCAAGAAGACGUGGUGGAUUUGCCGGUCGAAGCUCCUCCAACUCUAAUCUGGCUCGACCACGAGCUACAGCGGCAGCCUUCAGCCGCUCCAACUCCUCUCCGACGGAGAGACCUGCAGUUCCCCGCAACAAGUUGGUCACCGCAGCUCCGUCAAGGUCCCGUUUCUCCACCAUUCGACGAGGUCGUGGGGGCCGACGAUUCGGCUCCGGUAGAGUGACGGUAAAACCGGUGGUGCGGAGGAGACAGAAGGUGAUCCGGGGUGACAUCGACCGCCAAGAGGUGCAGCAAAACAGCGUCGGUGUGGACUCGACAGAAUUGGAGCUUGGUCCGAAGAAAGAAGAGGUCGUCUCCCGGCCCACCACCGAGACAUCCCUCGUUGAAGAAGACCAGGCGACUGCCAGUUCAAUCAGCAGGCCAACAGGCGUGCUCUCACAGAGAGUGAGGGAACCGCAGAGGAAGGCGGAAGAACCAGCGGUGGUCACCACCACCCCGGCCACCACCACGACUGAGGCUGCCUCCACCACCCCGAUCAUCAUCCGUAAAAGGAUCCGGAUCCGAGGCCGACCGAGCCGCCGUCCAAACCGCCGUCCCAGCCGCCGUCAGAUUGCCGAUACUAACACCGCGAGACCGACACCGUCUCCAGCUUCAUCUCCGGCACCGUCUCCGGCCCCGUCUCCAGCACCGUCUCCUCCCACUCCUUCAGCAUCAUUGGAGACCUCAACGUCACCUGCGCCUGCGCUACUGUCCCCAGAGCCUUCUCCCUCUCCCGUCCUACUACCGACCAACAAGGAGGUGGCUCCAGGCGGGGUCCGACUGCUGCGCCAGCCGAAACUCCCCCUGCGUUCGGCGCUGCCGGCGGUCGGCCGCAGUCGCCGCCUGCAGCAGAGUGUCGCCGCCAGGGAGGCUCGCUCAGGUGCCACGCGCCUGGUGUUGCCGUCGUCCAGAGGUCGGUACGGAGGCCGCCCCGCAGCCAGAGCGCAGGCGGAGGCACCUCAGCGGCGCCAGACCGCUCCGCUGCUCAGUGAUUAUGAUUACGCGUACUAUGAUGACGACAGCGAUGUCCUGUUCAGAAAGCUGGCAGAGGCCAACGAGCUUCUACUCGAUGGCUUGACCCGAGUCCGUCGUCAAAACUAGCUGGGAUGAAGUAAGGUGGUGCUGUUAUUUUUUCGUGCGCAUUUCAUGACUUCGUGGUUUGCGAUGAUAUAUGUGAAUGGUGUAGCCAAAGCUCUUGAGCUACCGCGUCGUUGAACUUGGAGAGUCUCGCAUGAGUGUCUUUGCAUGCCUUAUUUGUGCUCAGUGACAAGGUGAUGUCACUAGGCCACUGUUGUAGUGGACUCUGGUUAUGCAAUGUUCUGUCUUUCAGUGUCGUACGAAAGCCAUCGUUAUAAAUACACGGAGCUGAUGCGCUCAAA